UGAGUAGGUGUCACUUUAAGAAGUAGAAAGAGAGAAAGAAAGAGAGAACGAAAGAGAGGUGUUUCCCUUGGCUUUGGAAACUCUAUAAAGAGAGAGUGGGCUUCUUUCUCUUGAACAGUCAGAAACAGGAGUCCCUUCCUUGAUACCCAGGCCUCCACAGGGUUGAGAAGGAGGAAAACCCUUUGCUGGGGGCUGGCUUGAGUCACCGGCUGCCAUGCAGCAGCCCUUGAAUUACCCAUACCCCCAAAUCUUCUGGGUGGACAGCAGCGCUACCUCUCCCUGGGCCUCUCCAGGCUCAGUCUUCCCCUGUCCAGCCUCUGUGCCAGGAAGGCCAGGGCAAAGGAGGCCACCACCACCACCGCCGCCACCGCCACCACCACCACCACUCCUGCCAUCAAGACCCCUGCCUCCACUGCCACCGCCAUCUCUGAAGAAGAAAAGGGACCACAAUGCAGGCCUGUGUCUCCUUGUGAUGUUCUUCAUGGUUCUGGUGGCCCUGGUUGGAUUGGGGCUGGGGAUGUUUCAGCUCUUCCACCUACAGAAGGAGCUGACUGAACUCAGAGAGUCCUCCAGCCAAAGGCAUACAGAAUCAUCUUUGGAGAAGCAAAUAGGUCACCCCACUCCACCCUCUGAGAAGAAGGAGCUGAGAAAAGUGGCCCACUUAACAGGCAAGCCUAACUCAAGAUCCAUCCCUCUGGAAUGGGAAGACACCUAUGGAAUUGCCUUGGUCUCUGGGGUGAAGUAUAUGAAGGGCAGCCUUGUGAUCAAUGACACUGGGCUGUAUUUUGUGUAUUCCAAAGUGUACUUCCGGGGUCAGUACUGCAACAACCAGCCCCUGAGUCACAAGGUAUACACAAGGAACUCUAGGUAUCCCCAGGACCUGGUGCUGAUGGAGGGAAAGAUGAUGAACUAUUGCACUACUGGCCAAAUGUGGGCCCGCAGCAGCUACCUGGGGGCUGUGUUCAAUCUCACCAGCGCUGACCAUUUAUAUGUCAACGUAUCUGAGCUCUCUCUGGUCAAUUUUGAGGAAUCUAAGACAUUUUUUGGCUUAUAUAAGCUCUGAGAAAGCACUUUGGGAUUCUCUUCACUAUGGUUCCUUGUUACAGGCACUGAAAGUGUUGUCUUGAAUGAGGGUCUUGAGUCCACUUCUGGUCAAGAGAAAGGACGUGAACCAAGAGAAUCUUGAGACUACAGGGUCCAGCAGGUCUACAAUUCCUCAUCUCUCCUAAGGUCCAUGAGCCAGAUAGGAGGAGGACUAUGGAUAAUGACUAAGAAACUCUGGGCUGCCAGGUGAAGAUGCGUAGGCAGGGAAAAGCAGCUACCAGGGUAUUCUACACUCAUCUUAAGUUGCCAAGCACAUUCUGGCACAUCGAAAAUGACACCUUUUUAACUCACCUCUUGGUGUGGGUCUGCUGUCUACCUCAGGGGAGUUUGUCUUUCACAUGUGUGGAUGCAACAUGAGUAUAUAAGGGAUGAUAAAAGAGGAUUGGCUUGUAUGAUAAGCUAAAGAGACUGAAAGGCCAGUGUCGCCUUGGCAGCAUCUUCUAAAUGCAUAUCCUGAACCGCCAGGUGAUGAUAACAGAGAAGCAAGGGAGAUCUGGGGACACAGGCCAUUCCCUAUACAGUAUGCAUAUUUCCAGUGCAAUUGCAGGUGUGUGUGUGUGUGUGUGUGUGUGUGUGUGUGUGUGUGAGAGAGAGAGAGAGAGAGAGAGAGAGAAUGAGAGGGAGAAAGACUAGAAGAGUUACGUAAGCAGAGAGAACGGGGAGAUUGGGAAGGACAUGUUAGGAAAACAUGGGUUGCAUUUAUUUGGUGGUAGAUUUUGAAUGCUUUUUGGAGACCAACUCUAAUUUUCCCCAAAACUCUUUGAUUGUCAGUUAUUAAUGCUGUUUUCCCAUAAUAUAACCAAUAUUUAUAUAAAUUUUGUGCAUUUUUAAUGAAAAGAAUAUAUGUAACAAAAACUAUAUUUUAGAAUGCAAACAUGAGUGUACUUUUUGGAAAUCACUAAGAUUUGGGUUCUUUUCUUAUUAUCUUUCCUCUAUGGCUUUCUAAUUCAUUAUGACUUAAGCCCACUUUAAGAAGAAUUUACUGGGGUGAGAAGACCUGUGAGGCAAAUCUUUCCAUCUUUGCUAGGCUUUCCUUCCCUUGCUAUAUUCUCUCCCCACGUUCCCCAUUAUUCAGAGUUUCUAUGACCAAUAUUAUUGCCAGUUGAUCUCACCCAACUACCUGUAGAUUUGAUAACUAUUUGUCUUUUUCUGGGGAUAGAGACAUGGCAUAGUGGAAAGAGAAUGUACUUUGGACUAAAAUAAUCUGAAUGUGAAUUUUUGUUCUUUCACCUAUUAACUAUGCAAUCAAUGGGUAUGUCACUUGACCUCUCUUGGGCAAAAAAAAAAAGGUGAUAUGUACAUAAAAUAUCUAGCACAUAGUAGAAUAUCAAAAAUGGUAUCUUCUGUUAUUAAUAAGUCACUCUGCGGCAGCACUUCAUUCUGCAGAAGAAGCCCCUUAUCUGAGGGAUCCAUCCAAAAUGCCUGGUUUCUUGCUGUCUCACCUUGGUCACUCACAAUGAGCAUUUUCUAUUUUCUCCAAACACUCAAUACCAUGACCUCUCCCUAGACUUUGUCAUUGUUAAAAAUAACAAUAUUUCCUUUGGAAUUUGAUUUCAGACAUCUUAUUUUCACAACAUUAUCUCCUAUUGUUUCAACUCAAUUGGUCCAAAAUUUUCUAUCUUAAAAUGUAUAUUUUAACUAUAUUGUGACAUCUAGCUAAUAAACACUAUUAUUUUCUUACAUAUCCAUAAGGUUCUCCUUUAUCUUUACUCUUUUCUUUAUCCAGCUUAGAUUCUAUGAUCUCUCAUUACCAUCAAUACCUUGGGAAGACUCCAAACUCCAAAAUACUCUGUUACUCUCACUGUUUUCCUCUUUCAAAAAAUCCCAUUUUCUUUAUGCUGGCAUCCUAUUAACUGGAUGUUGCUGGAGAAAAAUGACCCAAACUGAUUGGCUUGUUUCAUUUUAUUUUUAUCUAUCAUCUGCUGAAGUCAUCCAAUCAAUUAUUUAUCUAUCAGUGAGUUGUUUCUAUCUUUAUAUUGAUUUGAAUAGGGUAAUACAUGAACAUAGCACAAUUUUUUUUAAAGGUAUACAAAGAUAUUGGAUGGAAAAUGUCUUCUUCUCACCCUGGCCUGUGGCUCCAUUUCUGCCCACAAGGAAGGUCACUGUCUCCUGUAGCUUUCCAGAGAUCAUCCAUACAUAUAUAUGACUUCACUUUAUGUUAGGAUUUCCCAACCGCAGUUCUAUCAACAUUCUGAGCUGGAUAAUUCUUUGCUAUGAGGGCUGUCCUGACAGUGCAUUAUAGUAUGUUUAACAGUAUCCCUCCCCUCUAACCACUACGUGCUGGUAGCAUUCUUCUUCCCCCAUGUAUAGUAGCCCAAAAUAUCAGAUAUUGCCAAAUUUCCCUGGGCUGGGGCUGGGAAGACAAAAGCACUCCUGGUUGAGAACAAUUGCUUUACAUUAGUGAUCACAGACUUCAAAGAGGCAUCCAACACAGUCCUGCACUUUUUCUUCAGUGCCCUAGUAAGCAUGUUUUUUCAUGGUCUGAGACAAUUACAUCAUGUCUAUUCCUUUUGUAAACCAACCGCAUCCCCUCCUCCCACUAUGGGACCUCACUUCUACCACCUAAGCACUAACCCACUGGCAUCUGAGUGAUCUCUUUCUUCCAUCUGACGCAGUGGAGGAAGAGGACUAUCUCUGUGUGUGCCAGACUCAUUUCCUCUUCCCUACUUUGCCCAUUUAAAAAUUUUCUUCGUUCUUCUGCAUCUUCAAACUAGCUCUGCCUAUGGAAUAAUUACCACAUGUACACAUGUUCAAGGAUGCCCUUUCACUAAAAGGCAAACCAAACCAAAAUCAAACCAGAACAAAAAAACCCCAAAUCUUUCUUUACUCUUCCUCCUCCUCCGGGAACAGCUGCAUUUCUCAUUUUCUCGGUAGAGACAAAUGCCUAAGAUUUUGCCCACAUACAUGGGUCCCAAUUUUUCAGCCAGGAAUCUGGCUAUAUUAUUUAUUUGACCACUUAAAAAUGUAUUUUUUUUCCUGCCAGAAUAAAAGCUCCAAAAGCAAGACCUUUUCUGCCUUGUUUACCAUAGUAUCCACAUUAGCAAAUGCAGUGCCUAACACAUAUUAGGUGUUCAGUAAAUAUUUGUUGACCAAAUAACAUUAAUUAUAAGGCUAAAUCUUUCAAUGGUUUUUUUUUCAGAGUAAUGAAUCUAUAGCAGUGUUUAUCCAGCUUUGACUAGAUUAUCCAAUGGGAGUUUAAAGCUAUAGAUCAAAAAAAUAGUGCAUCUUAAUUCAUAGUAUCAGAAACCAAGAAAAUCUACUUGGUCCUUGGCAUUAUUAGGAGCUUUUGGGGGACUGUUGAGGGAAACUUUUAGGUAAUUAGAGCUGAAACUGACACUUGGAAGAUACUCUGUCCAUAUGUGUUGAAUAAAUUAAUGGACAAAACCAAAGAUCCAGAGUGUCACCUGCUCUCCUUAAAACUGUUGCUUCAUCUGUUUAUAUAGUCAGGUUUCUGACCAGGUACCUCAUGGAGAAAGUCAGAGAGGUAUUCACCCUUCUUUUGGCUGAUGAUCUAUAUUCCUAACUCUCACAAUUAAAUUCUCCUAAUCUAUUUCUUCUUCAUAUGCCUCCAACCUUCAUAUGCCAUUCAACUCCACUAGUUCUAAUGGUCAUGGGAAGUUUUUUUGGGUCAAUGGACCCUUCUAGAUAAUGGUAUUAGAGCAAAGAGGAAGUAGGAGUGGUGCUGGACAUCCUGAGAUGAUCUCAUUCUAUUAGCUAGUAGUGGUACUACUGACACCGUUUCCCAUCUAAGUCUGAGCUCUAUGCAGAUGAUUUUGGGAUUUCCUGAAGUCAGGGUUGUAGCUUAUUAUGCUUUAAGUAUUGGUUUCAGUAGUGAGAUAGUAAUAGUUCCUUUAAUUAUUUCUCUUUACCUAAGUAGGAAUAUAAGGAAUGUCAAAAUCCCCAAAACUUUUGAAUGUGCUCAUCAAAAAUGGAGUCAGUCAUUGUUCCUUUAUGACAUGUGAAACCCAAGGUAAAACACUUAAACAAAAAAAGGUCACCUCUGGUUCAGUAGUUUGAGGUUUUCCUUCUUUUAAAACCUGAAAACACACAAACCAUGGUUUUUUUUUCUUAGCCCCCCAGAGUGACUUUGUGUUCUCUGAAGUAGGUUUUGACUUACCACACUUUAAGAGAAAAAGAACUUUACUGGGACCAUCAUUGUAAGAAUGACUAAUUUGAAAAAAUAGAUCAUUGGAAGAAGUUAAACUGGGGAGAGAAGCCUGGCUCCUCAAAGCUAUGCUCUCUGAUUUCCUUAAAGAUGUUAAGCCAUAGACAUUCCCUGGUCUUUAUCUAAGAAAGUGUGUCAGACACUUAUCAAGUUAAAUUUUUCAAAGGAGUUUGGUUAAAUUCUAAUGUUAGAGAUGAAUUUUUUACUUCCUGUGUAAAUGUUUUUGUGUGUGUAUGUGUUUCUUUCACAGGGUUUUAGAUCAUCCAGAAGCAGAAUGAAGCAAUCCUAGGAAAUUCAAAUUAGAGUCCAUGGCUUGGGGUCUUCAGACUCAAACAUGGACCUUACUCAGAAAUAAUAUAACUAUUGAUAGUAGCCAGGAAUUUUUAAGAUGCCUCUAGAAACCAACUAGCCUUAGAAAUAUAGACAGCUAAGUAGUUCAUCCAGAGAGUAGAAAAACAUCACUUCACUGAUGACUUUCUUACUUUUGAUAAAGAUUUUCCUUUGCUAGGAGAUAGUUCUCCGUCAUUCUAGUUAGUACAUCUUUAGGGAAAAGUACAAUGCACAUUUCUCUCCUCUCUCACCUGGAGACUUUUUCAGCUCUAUGGGGUCACCCUUUCUUCUACUUCUCAGAAAAAUGAUGUGAACCUCAACCUCACAUUCUGUUGAACAUAGACUUCUAUGCAAGUUUUCUGAAAAUUGCAAGAAAGACACUCAUUCUUUGGGCAGUCCACAUGAUAGAAAGUUUCCUGGCUCUCACCUGGAUUCUGGCAGUGGGUGUUCUCUAAGGUACUCUCAUUGUGGAAUGCUUGUAUUUACCUCAAGGCACUACUAGCCCAGGUUGCUGGGUGUAGACAGGUUUUACUAAUGGUUUGGGGGCAAUGAAAAGAGAUUACAUUAUACACACAGUGUAAGUUAUACCUAAAUUGAGUGUUAGACAUCACUGUCAUCCCCCUAAAUUUCCCACAGUUAUCUCCUUAAAUGUGUCAUCCAAAAUCUUGGUAUUUGAAAGGAAGCAUAAAUUCAUUUAUUCAUUCACUCAAAAGUGUUUAUUUAAUGUCUACCAUAUACCAGAAACUACUCUAGAUACUGUGGAUGCAAUGAAAAAUAAUGUAUCUUAUGGGAAUUCAAGUCUUUUAACGAAGAGAUGGUAAAUAGAUAACACAAAAGAAGCAAAUAAAUAGCUAAUUAGUCAUAUGGUGGUAAGUGCUAAUGAAGAAAAUUUAAUCAAUGUAAAGUGGUAGAGAGCAGUGAAGAAAGAGAGAUUGUUUGAUAAGUUGUGAGGGAACACCACUUAGAGCACAUGAAGCAGAGAAAUUAAAAUGCAAACAUGUAAGACCAAAAGGUGUUUGUUAUGUUUGAUAUGUAGUUGGAGUGUAGUGAGCUUGAUGAAAGGUAGCCAGGGGCCAGAAGGUGUAUUGGAAGUUUGGGAAGGAGUGUGGAUUUUAUUCUAAGUGUCAUAGAAAGUCAUUGGAGGGCUGAGAACAGAGAGUGACAUGACCUCAUUUACAAUUUAAAAGGAACACUCUAGUUGUUUAUGGAGAACAGACUCUGAGUUGGGAGACCAGUAGAAGGCUGCUUCAGCACUCCAGGUGAAUGAUGGUAGUGGUUCAAAACAGGGCAUUGAUAAAGAAGGGUUGAGAGUCAUUUUGAUGUUAAAAUUAACCAGAUUUGCUGAUGAAUUAGAUGUGAGACAUGAGAGAAAUCAUAAUUCUAUCAUUUUUGUUCUGAGAAGUUGAGUGGAUGGUGGUGCCACUUAACUGUGUUAGCGUUUUUUCUGCUGUUGCAUUGUAGGCACAGUCUGUGAUAGAGGCAGAAAACUGUUUCUUGCUACAACUCCUUGGGUUUGUACCAACAAGAGUACUCUUUACUGAUGGCCAAAGGCACAGAGACCAACCAGCCUUUGGGUUCUGCUUAAGUUCUUCUCAUGGAUACAAGCACUCUACAACAUCUUAAGAAGAAAGGGGAAACUGUGUAUUAAGAUUGCCAUGUAUGAGCCAGAAACUUCCACAGUUGUCAAAAAUUACUCACCUACAGAUCUAUGGUUCAUAAGAAAUCUUGGAAAUAAUAUAAGGCAAUCUCUUUUCUAAUGUAGCAGUCCUCUUUGCCAUAUUUCCAACAAGUGGAAUACAUUUCCAUAUAUUCUCUAUUUGAAAACUUUUAGAAGAGAAAGCUCACUGAGCUGGGAAGGAGCUCAUUUCUGCACUGUCUUGUUACAUUUUAGAAAGUGCUUUCUUAGAUUUAACUGAAAGCCUCUACAACACUGGCCGCAGGCCUUUGCUGCUCAACACUCCUAUCAUAUUUUAUGGCUUAUCAAACUCUCUAAUGUAUCUUAUCAUGUUCAAUUUUCACUAAGCCCUGUGAGGUAGAUUGUUAUCUCCAUUUUAUUCACAAAAACGACAGAAACACUGAAGAGUUGUGAGCUUUGCUCAGGUUAUGUGUCUAAGAAAUGGUAGAAGUGGGUCUGUAGUCGUCUAAGCAUAUAUGUUCUGUUCUUCCCCCGCAAAGAGCCAUCUUGGAACUGUGCCUUAUGUUAUGACACGCAACAUGAGCCUUAUCCCAUUAAUUUUCAGUGAUUCUUUAUCUUGCAUUUCAAUUUGUUUCACUUUGCUUAUUACUCAUAUACUGCAUUAUAUUAUAAUUAUAUUAUAUUAUACAUUAUAUGUGUAUAUAUUGAUAUAAUUCUACAGAGAUCAUAGAGCUUCAGUGUUGAGGCUUGCUCUUAGGGUCUUCCUUUGUUUCUUCUCUCUACUGUGUUCUACUGAAUUGUCCCUCCUGUCCCUCUGCCAUCUUGGUUUUAAUAAAAUGAGAAGAAAAGAGAUUGAGCUUGGAGUCAGAGGCCUGGGUGUGAGCCCAGCCUCUGCCACUCAACUAGCUAUAUGUGAGGCCCUAAGUAAGUGACAUUAACAUCUUGAGAUUCGGUUGUCUCCUCUGUAAAAUAAGGAUGCCAAUUCCUAUGCUUACAAUUUUAUGGAACUAGGGUUCAUGCCAAAUGGAAUGCGGCUCCUUUGUGACUUGGAAAAUCAAUCCUGAUGGUAAGAAGUCAGUGGAAUUAUUAUAUUCCUUAGCAACUUCCUCGAUAAAGUCACUGUUGAAAAAAUUGUUGUUUAUAAUCAUCCAUAGUUCUACCAAGUUAUAUAUGAAUCCCAUAAAACCUAAAAAUACUAAUUAGAAGCAAUAUGUUGGUAAAUCUCAUUUUGAGAUAGAAAAAUAAAAUAAUAAUAUCUUACAUUUUUAUAGCCUUUAUAACAUUUUCUCACAUGCCUCUUUUAUUGUGUCUUAAGAAUAUAUGAAGUAAUACACAUAAAAGCAGUUGUCGUGUGUCAGAUUCUCUAUAAAAGUUAGUUGAAUAUGUUUGAAUAUAUUCUGUGCUCAUUAUAUUCAUAGCCUAGUGUGAUCCACUUUGAUGUCUAUUUGUUUAAUUCCGAAAUAUGAUUAGAGUGAUGUGUAAACUUCUGACUGGUGAGAUACAACAUUUUAAGCUCUUUGCUAUCCUUAUCUGUAGCUAAAACCCUCUGCUUAACUCAGGGUUGUCUAAGGAGAUGUGAGCUACUAAGGGAAUUCACCUCCUCCAUCUGCUCUUCAUAGAAGGGACAGAACCUCUUUGUUCUUUUGUCGUAGCCCUGGCUUUCUGCUGGUGAACCACUUCAAAGACUGAGAGCUAGUAAGAGGCACCCUUGGUGUUAUUGAAUGCUGAAAGUGUCCGCACAUGUAAGAUACCAUAUUUAAGACGAGAACCUUUGCAGAGGAGACUGGAGAGUUGGGCAGCUACUGGUGUCUCAGAUGUCUCUCAAAUGUGUCUCAAAUGGGCAAGGGGCUUCUCGUUUCAUUUGGUUCAGGACCCGGUCUUCUCACACACUCCACCCUAACUGCAUCACACCUACACCACUUCCAGUAUAUGAAAGGGAACUAGGUAUACGUUUUCUGGAAGGGAAGGUUCUAAAAGUUGUUCCUGAUUGGAAGAUAAGGCAGGUGAAAGAUUCAGGAAGCUACAAAGGUCUCUGGCCUUAAGUAAAUGAACUAAGUUUCUAAACUUUGUAACAGAGAAUUAGGACUGUUGAUUGAAGAAACUGGGGAUUCUGAUAAUAUGAAAUGUGUCUAGUUCUCCUUACCCCAUGUCUUCAUUGAGAAGAGAAAACAGCCUUGACUCAGAUGGUGAGAAAGACACAAAGGUGUUAAACAGAACUCUAAAGUGUGAGCUGCAGGGGAAGACGUCUCAAACCUCAGCAUCCUCUUUGCAUCAUUUGGUGGGUUGUAUUUUGGCUUCUAAGAAAUUGUGGAGGCUUCUGCAGGCAUCUCGGAGGGUGGCAAAGAGAAGAAUACCAUGCAGGUGGCUGAGGUGGCUCAUAUUUUCUUUAGGAUGGUGAAUUGGCUUUUUCUCACUUUACAGAACAUGUAAAGACGGCUCUGUUCUGUGAAGGGAGUGGUAAUAUAACCAGUGGCCAGGUAGCUAGAGCUACAUUUGAAAGGAAGAUGAAUAUGCUUUUGCUGCCCUACAGCUAAGUCCACAUUGUCAUAUCUUAUGUCUCAUGAGAUGGCUAAGAAUAUCAACUUUUUAUUCAAAAGUAGUGGGAUGUAGUGGUGGUAGUAGUAGUAGUUGUCGUCGUCCUUAUCACAGGACUUAUUUUUGCCCUAAGCCAAGCCAUAAAGUACAUAAAUAGCAAUAGUAGUUGUAAUUAUUGACUCCUUUUUAUAAGAAUUAUGCAAAGCACCCUACAUUUAUGUUUACUAAUCCUCACAACUCCACAAGUCCAUUUUAUAAGUGACCAAAACUUAAUUAGGUACAGAGAGGUUAAGUAAUGUUUCCAAGGAAACAAGAGCUAGGGUUCAAGACCAGGCUUUGUUGAUCCAAGGAAUCUUACCUAAAGCAGGCUCAUACUGCCCCCUUAUAAUACUAAUAUUCUUCAUUCAUUCAACAAACAUUUAUUAAGCACCUACUAGGUGCCAACCAUUGUUUAGGGAAUAGAAUGGUGAACAAGACAGAUAAGUUCCUUGCUUCUUUUAAACUUAUGUCAUAGAUGGGUAAGCAGGUAGUAGAGAAAAUAAACAAAAGUCAAAUAAAUAAACAUAUAAAUUAUCAGAUAAACACCAUGCAGAGAAUUAAAACAGAGUGAUAGUGGGAAUUCCCAUCGUGACUCAACAGUAACCAACCCAGCUGGUAACC